AUGGCAAGUAAGUUAUCUAUCCGCCGCGCCCAAGUGCACGUGCCAGAAACUUGUGCGUGGUGUGAAGGCAUACAGGACGUUACCUGGUACUGUAAAGAUUGUCAGGAGACUCUUUGUGUCCGCUGUGUUGAGAGUCAUCAACGCGCGAGAAAGACACGAAACGAUGUCGUCAUACCAAUUACGGUGGCAAACAAACGCGGGGAACCUGUACUCCCAGAGGUAUGUAAGACACAUCGGGGUAAGAUUUGUGACCUGUACUGUUGUGACUGUAACAUCGUAAUGUGUGCAAUGUGUUUUACCGAGAAACAUAAACAACACAAUUUCAAAAAUAUCGAAGAAGAAAUUGACUUACAAAAACAGUUCAUGCAAGAUCAAUUGGAAAUAUUAAUUUCCAAGUUAGACAAUUCUAUUGAUAAUCUUUCAAAACGUCAUGAAGGGAGCAAGUCAUUCAAAGAAAGCGUGGACUUAGUUCGACAAAAUGUUCAAACCCAAAGACUGAAACUAAAAGCGGAAGUUGAUUCCAUAGCCGACUCACUUUUGGCUGAGUUAUCGUCCUUAGUUGAAGAAGAAGAAAAAUCUCACAAGCAAGACUGUAAAUCUCACGAACAAACUAUCACAGAGAUCAAGCAACUUAUCAGAGAUGUAGAGUGGAACACAGAAAAUAUGUUUAGUACAUCCAUGUUUGCGCUGACGAGGAAACUGAGAAAUACAAUACCGCUGUAUGAUGUUGCUGCACAAAGCGUGUUACACAGCCCCCCUCACUUCAUGCCUGGACAGUUGUAUCCUGAUCAGUUGAAGGCAAUGAUUGGAAGUAUACAGGUCAGAAGAUUGAUAAAAGAAGAUAUUGCGUAUCAGAAGAAAGAAUUUGACAGUAAACAUAUUUCUACAUUCCGAGUACCUCAGCAGGAUCAAAUAAACUCAAUAUGUCCUAUUGAAGACACUCACGUAUGGAUGUCAGUAUUUGCAUCUAAAAAAAUGAUUAAAGUCAACAAGAACGGCAAGGUCACAGAGUCUGUCAGCCUUGACUUUAACCCGUGGUGUCUGACAGUGACCAACACAGAAGAAAUACUGAUCACAUGUAGUGUUGGUUCACCACUGAUUUACAAACUAUCUUUGGACAGACGAGUGACCAUAUUUACUGACAUCAGUCCGUUAGAAGCCCAUGGUAUCAGUGUCAGUGACAGUGACGAGGUGCUCGUUACUACUCACACUAAAACAAUACAGGUACUGAACAUGUCCGGGGAGAGGAUCAGACAAAUCUCGUGUGGAGGUAAUGGACUGAGUAUCGUAUGUUUGACAACAGGACAUAUAGCUGUCGCCACUGGCCAUGGUCCUUGA